GAGAUGGCGAACCGCGCAGUCUUAUAUUACCUUUUUCUGGUGGAGGGAUUUUCAAAAGGUCUAACAGCUGUGAUACAAACACAGCAGACUGUGGUGGCAAAAGCAGGAGAAGAUGUCCUUUUGAGCUGUCGGCUCAUGCAGACUAAAGAUGUUCUUCAGGUCACCUGGCAGAAACUUCUACCAGAGGGGAAGAAGAAUUGUGCCACCUACAGUGAUCAUUUUGGGGAAACAGUGAACCCUGGUUUUCAGGGGAAAGUGGAGUUUAAAGAUGCUGGACUUCAGAACUGCUCCAUAGUUAUCAGGAAGGCGAUGGAGAAGGAUGAAGCCUGCUAUUACUGUUUGUUCAACACGUUUCCUGACGGUUCUCUGACAGGAAAAACCUGCCUCCGACUCUAUGAGCUGCAUGAACCCAUCCUACAAAUCAGAGAAUCAAACUCUACCGAAGAGACAGUGGUGUCCUGCUCGGCCACAGGUCGUCCCGCUCCCACAGUAACUCUGAAUGUCCCACAACAAGACCUAUACUUCUCUAACAGCAGCAUAGUCAGUGUCACCAACACCAACGGUACAGUCACCGUCACCACGACAGCUCUGCUGUCUGGUUUCCAUGGAAAUGACAGACAAGCUGGAUGUGCGGCAAGACUGCUCUCAGUCCCUGAAAUGCAGGUGUUUAAGAUGAUUCCUGCAGUCAAACGAUCAUCUGAUGAUGGUUUUAACGAGAAAUCUGGAUCUGAUAAGAAUGUCACUUUGAUCGUUGCAUUGUCUGUAUCAGUGGCCAUUGUUUUGGUUGCUGUAGUCGUCGCUGUCCUGCUCAAACAUAAACAUAAGAACAGGGAUGCUGAGAAAAACAAUUUGCCACCAAAAUCAAUCAAAGACCAUCAUGAGUGCCAAACAGCUUUAAUGAAGCAGAACGAGCAGAUCAGGAAACGAACACCUGAGAAAGAAAAUUCAAAAGAGGAGAAACCAGAACCAUCAUCUCGUACAGUUAGAAGACUGUGACUGUUUUUAGUCGGACUUGAGCAAAGCUGAAAGCAUGCAUUGGUAAAAUAUGCUUUGUAAAAAAAAUCAAAAGGUGAUGUGCAAGAUAAAUGUCUUAUCUUUUAUCUUGAGAUGGAAAAGAUGAAUGUACAAAGAUAUUUGGAUGCUUUUGUAUUAUUUUUUACUAUAUUUUUAUAGUAUAGUAAUAACAUUUUAAAUAUCUUAAACUCAAAUUGCCAUUAAUGAAAUAUGCUUUUUAUUUAUUACUUUUUCACUUUAUCUUACGUUUACAUACAUUUUACAUAUUAAUGUAAUUAUUUCUACCUUAACAAGCAUUAAUUAUUUUUUUCAUGAUUUUAUGUUUUGUGUUUUUUCAUGUGAAGCACCUAUA